AUGUCGAGCACAAAUAGCCAUCCUGGCUUGUCGUUUGGCUUGAGACGAUCGUUCCCGCCGCCACACAACCCGACCAACAAACCAUCCCCGUCGCUUUCUCACCACGCGCCGCCAUACCCACCACACGCCUACCAACAUCAACACCAACAACACCAGCAACACCCGCCGAGCCAAUAUCCUCAUCAUCUGUUCACUUCGCCUUCGACGCAGAUCCCUAACGUCGCCAGCCUCCAAAAUGGCGCCCGACCGCCGCCGUCCCAAGCUCCUCCAUCGCUCCCGGGCCCGCGCCAGCGUGCCCCCCCUCCCCGGCAGAUGCAGCAGCAAGCACCUCCCAUUAGCUACCUCCAGCAGUCUCUAAACCCUCAGCCGAUGGGACAGCAGUCCAUGGCGCCCCAGUCCAUGACUCCGCAGCCCAUGACGCCUCAGUCGAUGACGCCGCAGACCCUGAACCCGCAACCCAUGAACCCUCAGCAGCUUAGCCAGGCAUCAUUAGGGCAGCAAUCAUUAGGGCAGCCGUCGCUGAGCCAGCAGCUUCAGCAGCCUAUGAGCCAGCCGCCCAUGGCCCCGUCCAUGACACAGUCCAUGAGCCAGCAGUCACUGGGCCAGCAGUCCAUGCCCCCGCAGUCCAUGCCCCCACAGUCCAUGCCCCAGCAGUCCAUGGCACAGCCCUCGAUGCCACAGCAAUCGAUGCCACAGCAGUCUAUGCCGCAACAGUCUAUAAGCCAGUCAGUCCAGUCGGUGCAUUCGGCCCAUCCGGCCCAUUCGACACAUUCGAACCACACGGUUCAACACAACGACGUCACCAGUAUACUAUCAACGUCUCGUCCCCCUUCGCAACCAACGCUCCCCCCUGCUCCACCGCAGAUGCCAAAAAUCCAACAGGUGCAGAAGCUACCGCAGGUGCAGCAAGUCACACCAGUCUCACGAGCACCACCCGCCCAGGAACAGCCGGUUGAAGCCGCACAGGAAAACCACCAGGAUGACGACAUAGAGAUUGUCAGCCACGAUGAGUCGGGCGAAAGGGACCCCUCCCUGGAGCCUAAGUUGAUUGAUAACUCGCCCUUCGUCCCCCGCCAGCCCAUGGGUGAAGCGAUGACCCCUCCCCCAGAAGGCGGGAGCUUCCCGACUUUGGAGGCCGUUCACAAGUUUGUGCUAAGCUACUGCACUUCUGUGGGUUAUGCUGUGGUUAUCGGCCGGUCUAAAAAGACGGUUCCUGGGUUGAAAAAGGUGCUGUUCGUCUGCGACCGGGCUGGUAAACCACCCAGCCGCGUUAGCCCGGAAAUGCGCAAGCGCAAGACCACGUCCCGUAAAUGUGACUGCCCGUUUGGCUUCUUCGCCAUCGAGCAGAGGACCCAGUGGACAGUCCGGUACCGUCCCCAUGAGAGCCAUAAAAAGCACAACCAUGGCCCUAGCGAGAGCCCUCUCCUGCAUCCGGCGGCGAGGAAAUUGGACAGCAAAAUGGUUGCAGCCGUCAAAAAGUUGAAGGACGAUGGUGUGGGUGUGAGCCAGACGCUGGAGAUCUUGCAGACCGAGAAUCCUCAUGUGCCCCUUCUCCCCCGUGACAUCUACAAUGCACGGGCUGCUAUCAACCGCAACCCCCAGAAGGUCGCCACAGGACUGGCAGAAAACCGGCCGGCUAUUUAUAGCAAGCCGCACCCGUCGGCCGAGGAGCGUAUCAGAGCCGAUCUCCGUCGAGAACUCGCAACCGCACGAGAUGAUUUCGACAAGUUGAAGAAGGAAAGCGACAAGGAGAUCGAGGAGCUCAAAGAGAAGCUUCGAGAGAAGGACAAGAUCAUCGAGAAGUUCGAGCAGUUCAUCGAUAUUUGCAACCAGCGUGUCAUGGUCAGCCUUUCUAACAAGGAAGAGAGCCGCGGUGGGGCCCCGCCCGCCCCCUGA